GUUCUUGGUGGGGAGAUGUAGCUGCUUGUCAUCUUGUAACUUGAUCCAAAUCAUGUGUUAAGUACUUGUCUGUUCAGCUGAAAAGUCAGUUGCCCUUAUUCAAGCUUCUCUUGGGAAGAUCAGUGCGUCUAUUUGGACUAAGAAUUGAGAAAAAAACCCACAAACAUCAAACCUUACAGCAAGGAUAUUUUUACAUUUUCUGCCUGCACCUUGACAAAGGAGAGGAAUGGGCUGUGGCACGAACUGUGGGCUCAUCACUGGGGCCAUCAUCGGUGCUGUUCUGGCUAUCUUUGGGGGAGCUCUGAUACCAAUUGGAGAUUUCCUUAUAGGAAAAGCAAUAAAAAAGGAAGCUGUCAUUGUAAAUGGUACCAUUGCUUAUGACAACUGGGUUGUGCCAGGAAGUUCAGUUUACAGGGAAUUUUGGAUUUUCCAUGUGCAAAAUCCUUCAGAGGUAUUAGAAGAAGGAGCACGUCCAAAACUUGAACAAAGAGGACCUUACACAUACAGGGUGAGAUAUUUACCCAAAGAAAAUAUCACGGAUAACUCUGAUGGCACAAUAUCCUACAUGCUGCCUAAUGUUGCUCGUUUUGAACCUGAUCUCUCUGUUGGGUCAGAAAAUGAUACAUUCACAUGCCUCAACCUUGCUGUUGCUGCUGCACCUUCCUUGUAUACAAACACUUUUAUACAACUACUAUUAAAUACUUGGAUGAAAUCUUCUAAGUCAUAUUUGCUGCAGAACAGAACAGUGAAAGAACUACUGUGGGGAUACAAAGAUCCCUUCUUAAACAAGGUUCCCUUCCCUUUGGACCCAGUUCUGGGAGUCUUCUACCCGUAUAACGGAACAUCUGAUGGACUUUACAGAGUUUACACUGGGGCAGAAGAUAUUAAAAAAACAGCAAUAAUUGAAAGCUAUAAAAACAAAAGGAAUCUUUCAUACUGGGAAGGUCACUGUGAUAUGGUCAAUGGCACAGAUGGGGCAUCAUUCCCACCAUUUGUUAAGAAGAAUCAGGUACUGCGUUUCUUCUCCUCUGACAUCUGCAGAUCGAUCUAUGGAGUUUUCCAGGGCAAGCAGAAUGUGAAGGGAAUCUCACUCUAUCGUUUCGCAGUUCCUCGUGAAGCAUUUGCAUCACCCACUGAAGUUGGAGACAAUUAUUGCUUCUGUACAGAUGAAGUCAUAUCACAGAACUGCACGUUGGCUGGAGUCCUAGACAUAAGUGCCUGCAAAGCAGGAAGACCAGUAUUUAUCUCUCUUCCGCAUUUCCUUCAUGCAAGUGAUUCUAUAUUGCAUGAUGUUGAAGGACUGAGUCCAAAUGAGCAGGAACAUGAGACUUUUCUAGAUAUAGAGCCUACCACUGGUUUUACACUACAGUUUGCAAAAAGGCUGCAAGUAAAUCUCCUUGUGAGACCUGCACCAAAAAUUGAAGCUUUAUCAAAAGUUAAAAAACCUUAUGUUUUUCCUGUUCUUUGGCUAAAUGAGUCUGCUGUUAUUGGGGAUGAGAAAGCAGAAAUGUUCAGAAAGAAAGUCGUGGGUCCUGUCCAGCUGCUGGGUAUGCUGCAGAUGGUGUUACUGAUCACAGGUUCUGUGCUAUUCAUCUCUUUCAUGGGUUCCUUCUUCAUAUGUGUAUCAAAGAAAUCAAAAUAAGGAACAAAAGACUUCAGAAGUAGUCAAUGUUUAAUUGAAAUUUCUGCCAAGCAGCAGUUAAAAUUCAGAGACAAAAGGUAUGAUUUAAGGCACGGUCAGUCCACAUGCUAUGGAAUUCAAUAUGCUUGUCCAUUUUGAGAAGACCAACUCACUAACCCAAAUAAGAUGAUGUUUCUGAAGGUCCACACUUCUGAUAUCACUAAAGAGGCUGCCAUGGAAACUAUGCUUUCAAACAAAUCAUUAUUUGAACUUCGUUGCAAGUUUUAAAUUACAUUCAAGCAGACUGAAGAGGAGGUGCAGUUGGAUUUUAGAUCAUCUUCUGCCAUUUAUGCAACUUGCUACUUUUUUCUUCUGGGAUUUGCAAGACAAGUGAAAGCUGUUUGCUGACCUUCUGUCUCUGAGCACAGGCUGGGAAUGACAACACCAUUGAGCUCAUGCUGUGUUCUAGAUGCUCUCAUUGCAAUUUUUCUUUCAGUUCCUUCAAGGAAUGGAAGCUGCUGCAACAGAACUGCUCUCUGUCCUCUAUUCAGGGAUGUGAACUGCGUUGAAUGUGAAGUUUAUUAUGUAAAGUUACUAACUGUAAUACAUGAAGUUAAUAAAAUACCUAC